CCGCACCGCGAUGGCCGUGGCCGUGGGGAGACCGGCGAGCGAUGACCUGAGGAACCUGUCCCUCUCUGGCCAUGUGGGCUUCGACAGCCUCCCUGAUCAGCUGGUCAACAAGUCAACAUCGCAGGGCUUCUGCUUCAACAUCCUCUGCGUGGGUGAAACCGGCAUCGGCAAGUCAACGUUGAUGGACACUCUGUUCAAUACCAAGUUUGAAAGUGAACCUGCGACGCACAACGAGCCUGGCGUGAGAUUGAAAGCCAGGAGUUAUGAGCUCCAGGAGAGUAAUGUCCGUCUGAAGCUGACUAUUGUUGACACGGUUGGAUUUGGCGAUCAAAUUAACAAAGACGACAGCUACAAGCCUAUAGUAGAAUAUAUCGAUGCGCAGUUUGAAGCCUACUUGCAAGAAGAGCUGAAGAUCAAACGAUCCCUGUUCAAUUACCAUGACACCAGAAUUCACGCCUGCCUAUAUUUCAUUGCACCAACUGGACACUCGCUGAAGUCCCUAGACUUGGUCACCAUGAAGAAGCUCGACAGUAAGGUGAACAUCAUCCCCAUCAUUGCCAAGGCUGACACCAUUGCAAAAAACGAGUUGCACAAGUUCAAGAGUAAAAUAAUGAGUGAGCUGGUCAGCAACGGUGUCCAGAUCUACCAGUUCCCAACAGAUGAAGAGACAGUGGCUGAGAUAAACGCCACGAUGAGCGUCCACCUUCCUUUUGCUGUAGUUGGCAGCACUGAAGAAGUGAAGAUCGGCAAUAAGAUGGCAAAAGCCAGGCAGUACCCCUGGGGUGUCGUGCAGGUUGAAAAUGAAAAUCACUGUGACUUUGUGAAGCUGCGGGAGAUGCUGAUCCGAGUGAACAUGGAGGACUUGAGAGAGCAGACGCACACCCGGCACUACGAGCUGUACAGGCGCUGCAAACUUGAAGAGAUGGGAUUCAAAGACACGGAUCCGGACAGCAAGCCUUUCAGUCUCCAAGAGACUUACGAAGCAAAGAGGAAUGAAUUCCUGGGCGAACUCCAGAAGAAGGAGGACGAAAUGAGGCAGAUGUUUGUCAUGCGAGUGAAGGAGAAGGAAGCAGAGUUGAAGGAAGCUGAGAAAGAUCUUCAUGAAAAGUUUGACCAUCUAAAGAGGACUCACCAAGAAGAGAAGAAAAAAGUGGAAGACAAAAAGAAGGAACUUGAGGAAGAGCUGAACAACUUUCAAAAAAAGAAGGCAGCAGCUCAGCUAUUACAGUCACAGGCUCAGCAGGCAGGUUCUCAACAAACCAAGAAAGACAAGGACAAGAAAAAUGCAAGCUUCACAUAAAGCCUGUCAAGCCAAGGAUGUUCCUGCAUUCACCUGCUUUUGCAGUAAUGUGUCUUUGCCAUCUGUUUUCUUUUUUUAUUUUUUAACAUGAAUAACUAUUAACUCAUCUAAUAACAUAGUGGGAACAAGAAGGAUUGGGUACAGGACU